CCCUCCCUUCCUCCCCUCUCUCCUUCCUGUCUUCCUUCCUUCGUGCCGCCGGCGCCGGCUCGCGUGCUGCGCCAUGGCCCUGCUCUGCUACAACCGCGGCUGCGGGCAGCGCUUCGACCCCGGCACCAACACGGAGGAUUCAUGUACAUAUCAUCCAGGUGUACCAGUCUUUCACGAUGCUUUAAAGGGUUGGUCAUGCUGUAAAAGAAGAACAACAGAUUUUUCUGAUUUCUUGAGUAUUGUGGGGUGUACAAAGGGUUUCCAUAAUAGUGAGAAACCCCCUGAACCUGUUAAACCUGAAGUCAAAACUACCUCUGAACGAAAGGAAUUAGCUGAACUGAAACCUAAAUUUCAGGAGCACAUAAUUCAGGCACCAAAGCCAGUGGAAACAAUUAAGCGGCCAAGCCCAGAUGAACCAAUGACAAACUUACAGCUGAAAGUAUCAGCUUCCCUGAAACAGGCGCUAGAUAAACUGAAACUGUCAUCAGAGAAUGACGAAAAAAAAAAAGAAGAGGACAGUGAUGAAAUCAAGAUUGGGACUGCAUGUAAAAAUGGAGGCUGCUCAAAGAGAUUUGAAGGACCACAGAGCACAGAAGAGAUAUGUAUAUACCAUUCUGGUGUACCUAUAUUUCACGAAGGGAUGAAGUACUGGAGCUGCUGUAAGCGAAAAACUUCUGAUUUUAAUACAUUUUUGUCUCAAGAAGGAUGCACAACAGGAACACAUGUAUGGACUAAAAAAGAUGCUAAAAAGAAGGUUACNCCUUGUAGGCAUGAUUGGCAUCAGACUGGAGGUGAAGUUACCAUUUCAAUAUAUGCUAAAAAUUCAGUUCCUGAACUUAGCUAUGUUGAAGCAAAUAGCACAGUGUUAAAUAUACACAUUACAUUUGAAGGGGAUAAAGAAUUUCAUCACAGUGUGAAAUUAUGGGGAGUAAUUGAUGUGAAGAGGAGUUAUGUAAACAUGACCGCUACAAAGAUUGAGCUCACUAUGAGGAAAGCAGAGCCCCUGUCAUGGGCAAGCCUUGAACUACCAGUGCCUAACACACAGCAGCAACAAAAAAAAUGAUACAGAUCAAAAAUGAACUCCUAAAGAGAGAAUUAUUUUCUUUCACAACAUGGUGACUUGCUACUGUAAUGUGAUAUUCAUCUUUUUUUUUAUCUUUAAUUUUUUUUCUUUUACAGUAGAUUGUGGAUUUCAAAUCAGGGUCAACAUUGGUCUUUACAUACUGUAACAUGGUUGUCUCUCUCAUCCCAUACUUUUUGGGGCUUGUCUACAUAGCGAAGUUCAUGCCCAAUAAAUUGGGGUGGGAAAUUGAACAGUAAUAACUGUUUUGUAAGAGUAGUCUUAAAGACAUCUGCUCCACACAAAUGGUGUCCUUGCAUGAAGCUAGUAUAGACUAGCUAUUACGCUUCAGGUUCUAUGCCCUACCUUAGGCUGCAUACAUGCAUUCAAAUCAUCCAGGACAACUCUCCCAGGUUUGUUUUCCUUAGACAAAAACUGACCUGUACAGAAGUUGUAACAAAGAAGCAAAGAGCCUGCUGGGCAGGCAAGGGACCCUAGAGCAUGCAGCUCAGAGCUUUGCAGGCUUUUUAAGUGAAACGUAGGCAGGGUGUGUCAGGGAAGGUAUUGCCAGGAUCUGUGCCAUGCACAGUUUUUUUUUUUUUCAGCUUUCCUCACCCCAGUGGGCAGGGAGUAUGUUUGCAUGCUUCCUGGCACCCAAGUGCUGCAGUGUGAUUCAGACAAAGUACAAGCCAGGAGCAGAACACUUUUUUUUUCGGCCCAAAGUGCUUAGGGGGUACAUUCAGCUCUCUGUUUGGCUGAGACUGAUGCAUGUUCUCCAUCCCUCUGAGAGGAGGAGGGAGAAGCAGAAAAGCACACUGGCUACCUGUACAGAAGUUUGGUCUCCUGAGAGAGAUUCUCUGGGGAGCCACUUCACUCAGGUUGUUCCCAAGUUAUUUUUCUCCCAGUGUGGCCUCUUUUACACUGGGGAAAAAAAUUAUGAACUUCUGUACACUCGUGUUUUCUCCUAACAGAGCAGGGGAUUUCCUUGGAGAAACUGAACAUCUGUCCAAACCGUAAUGUCUAGUAAAAUCUUGCUUUCCAUCUAGUAAAUGUGAACCAACUUCCUCUUGUAGAGAGAGCCCUCAGUCCACACUGAAUUAUUAUUUCAGGUACACUGGAUCUAUUAGAGUAACUGAUACAUUAGAUUCAGUACUGUUUGUUAUAAAUUUUACAGUAAAAAGAAUACAAAUUUGUGGAAUGAUUACCAUGUCUCCAGCAGUCUGUAAUAAUAAUUUUUUAAAAAAGGAUAAACGGUAAUAAAUAUGAAAGAAUGAGAGUUUUACCUGGAACAUUUGUCUAGUAAAAUCUGCCCUUUCAUCUGGUAAAAUGACUUAAUCAAAUUAAAGACAUUUUAUCUUUUACUUGCGAAAUGGUGUAAUCGUUGGUAUUUUAAAAGGCUUGGGUAGUCGCAAAUUCUAUCACCGCCUUAUCAGAGCCUGCUCAGAGGCUUAUGUAACUUAAAAAUAUCAGUUCCUGAAUGGAGAAGCAGAUUUACCAAAACAUUCUAGUGAAUUGAGAACCAAGGAAGCUCAUGGCAGUCCCUUCCCUUUCCUAUCUGUCUACCACACUGGUAUCUGAAAUGUUAUCUCUUAAAAGGGGGUGGGGGAGGCGACGAGUGGAACAGUUUAGCAGUUAAAUAAACUAGCCUAACUACUCUGAAAAGCGACAAUCUAAUCUAUUGCAAACUCAACCCAACAAUAUAUUUUACAUAAGUGAUUUUUGCGAAGUGUGAGGCACGUGCUUUAGCUGCUGUACAAACAUGUAUAAAACUGCUAUUCCACUUUAGAGAGGGUAAAUAUUAGUAGUGGGAGAGCAUAGUGCACAUAAUAUGGUAUCUGUUAGCUGACCUAUAGAGGGAAGAUUUGUGGUUCCAUAUUGUGUGCCUGAUUCUGGUUAUUGUGUAUGGUCUUGCAAGUGUUAAAUUCACUGAAGAGUCUUAAACUAAACAAUCCUUACAAUUUUAUAUGUUUCAUAUAAACACUUUUUAUUGGGCCUCCUCAUUGAAAACUUCUUAUGGAUGGCAGUUUAAAUGCACAUUAAUUUUUUUGGAAGUAUUAGAAGAAAUAAUAUAUUCAGAUUUCUGUUUUCAGGUUCCUCCAGGGGUAGAGACUUGCUGCUGUGAAUAAAUCUGAUUUUGCAGCAGUUAAUCCAGUAGUAUUCCUGCCCCUGCUUGAAGCUGUAUCUCAGAGUUUGGGGACACAAGUAAUAUUUUUCUCACAUAUAACGCCUUCAUAUAUAGUACACACCUUUCUUUGUGAAGGAGAGCAUGAAAGAAAAAAAGAAAUCUUUUCCAAUAAGUGGCAGCAGCUAGGGAGACAAGCCUACUGCCAGCCCCAUGUGCCAGGUGGAGCUCAUGGACUGACCUGGUGUGCUGGAUCUGGGUCCUUGCACCAGGCACCUGCCCCCAGAGCUAGCGCACUGUCCCAAACUAACCCCAUGAGCUGGUUUGAUCUGAUACAUGAAUGGGGAGGUGUGCUACCAUGCCCUCCCUCCCACACCACGCAUCUAGAAAUUUGGCAGGGGUAGCAAUGGCAAUGUAAAUGCCAUUGCUGCCAGAGCUGCUAUGAUUGACACUUCCACCUCUCUCCCCACCCUACUACCAAAUUUGUGACCUAGUGGGGAUCCUUUUUCCUUGCAUAUGACAUGCACCCCAAUUUUCCCCAGCUGGUUUUGAGAGAAAAAGUGUAGGUUAUAGGUGAGAGAACUUGGUAUUCAAGUGAUGUAGAAUGUGUAGGUGUUCAAAUGGUACACCAUGCAUAGAAUCUGUUAAAGCUUACAGGAUAAAAACUAUAAAGCCCCACACAUUAGUCUUACAAGCUUAGUUUUGUGCAGGGAGAUAACCCAGUGGAAGUGUCCUGCAGGGAUAUUGUAAAUUAUGGUAUCAUCGUACUCUGUUUUUUGUUUUUGUUUUUGUUUUUUUUUUACACUGCCAGACCUGGAAGGCAGAAAAUAGAAAUUUUGGAGGGGUGAGGAGGCAGACAUGAGCAUCAGAGCAUGUAGUACACAUCUGUAUGGAUAUAGGAAACGGUCUUCAAAGUUUAAGAACAAGCAUUUAAUGAUCCUGUAGAACUUUUAGCAUAUGGCUUUUUUUUUGGUUUUGUAACUGAUACAGACUUGAACGUAGGAUUUUGUCUUCAUGCAGUGGCGCACACAAUGAUUUAAAGUUAAACAGUGGUAGGAAAUAAAACACGUAGUUUGCCUUGAAAUUUGAGGCUGAGCUUUCAAAGGGAGCUGAGCAAGUUAAGUUGAUCAUCUUCCAUUGAGCAACUCUUGGUGCUACUAUACAGUUAUAAUUAAGGGUAUGGAAGAAGCUAACAUCAUAACAUGUAAAAUGCCUUAAAGUAGGGUCCAAGCUUUCAAAAGUAUAUUCACAAAAAGGGACCCUGCAUGCUUGAGAGAGUACCACAACACUGAACUUAGAAGAGCAUUACUGGUUUGUGGAAACAAUAUCCACUAUUUGGUUAAGGAUCUGAAGCUAGCUGCUGUUACUUCAUGUAUUGCUAAUAGCAGUUGUUACAAGACACAAGCAGAACCCUGAAAUGAAAUAUUCAGGGUUCUCAAUGAGUGCUCAUUCCUGUAAAUAAACUUGGUUUUGGCAGAUAAAUCAACAUGAAUUUAUAUAUAAAUAAAUGUGUAAAUAUAGUCUGAACAUAGUGCUAGUGUUUGAAUUUUGAACAGAACCCUGCUGGGCCGACUAAAGCCUUUUUUGUUCACUUUUAGUAUGGUGAGUUUGUGUAUAUCAUGUAAAAUGCAAUGUAGGGAGCUUGUGUCUGCUAACAAAGCAGAAGACAGCAUGCAUUUUUAUUUUCAGUCUAGUGACAAGAGUCAAGGAAACUACAAAUGACAAGCAUGCAGAAUGCUAAUUUUAGUGAUACUUAAAUGAGCACAAUUCCCAGUGAUUAUAGCUUCAACAGUUGUGCCUGAGCAACUGCUACCGUUACCUUGUGUUGAAAUUGUAUUCUGAAAUAUACUUUAAACAAGUUGGUGGCAAAUAAGCAAAGCUUUUGCACAUAUUUUGACCUUCCUUUUUGUAUUUUGGCAUAUAAUUCAGUCUUUGAAACGCAGCUCUUGACUUUUUGCCUUUAUCUCAUGUAUUCGUGCCUUCAGUAGAUCAUAGAUGCAUUGAAGCUUGGUGAUGGCAAAAUUUGAAAUGUCCCCAUACACAGCAAUAAGACAUUUGUAUUUCAAACGCAAGACAUUUAAGUUCAAACGUAUACCUCAUCCAAGUGAAAUAACUAGACCGUUUUAUGUAUAAAAUAGUUCCAUGCUGGCCACACUAUCGUAUGGAUAAAUAGGCUAGAUUUUCAAUUAGCGUAACUUGACAUGUCUGACUGCCAUGGAAUUAUUCUAAUUUGUAAUAGCUGAAAAUAUAGGAGUGGAGUCUUCCAGAUAUUUGUGUAAAACCCAGCAACCAACUCUGAGCUACCACUUUUGGGUCAAUACUGAGAAUGCUUAGAGCAGAUUUUGCUAUAGUCUAGAGCUUUCCAAACUGUGUGCCGCGACACAUUAGUGUGUCGGCGGCAGUGUGUAGGUGUGUCGCGCGAAAUGCAGAAAAUUUUGCGGAAGGGCACUGCAGAGCUCCCUUACUCGCAUCUGCUUCCCUUGGCCCCUCCCCCGGAACUGAAUUACUGUCGCAAAAUGAUGCAUGUCUAAAAAGUGUGUCACCAACAUGAAAAGUUUGGAAAGCUCUGGUCUAAAAACUAUGUGGGCUGGAGAAAUAACUAGAUCUUGAGGUAGCUGCUGGUGACUGAGGUUUCUCAUCAGAACUUAAUGCUUCUAAUCUAAUUGAUUCCUCUUAUCAGCAAAUAGGAAAAGAAGAUAAAGUGAGGUUAUAAUUACUUGACCAAAGUAUUCAAAGAUAAUAUUUCUGAAAGCUGUACUUGGGGGGGUGGGGGGGAAUGGUACUUAUUUAAAAAAAAAAAAAAGUAAAGAAACAUAUUUUUUAUCUAAGAGUAGGCUUUCUAUUCUCUAAUAAUAUUGUAAUUAACAUGUAAAUAACUGCACUUGGUCUAAACCAACCAAAAUGACCAGCUCUCUAUCCUGUAUUUUCAGUCAUUGUACUGUUCAUAACAGGAUGAUAAGACUAUUGCAGCCCGGAAACUAGUUAUAUUUUUAUAAUUCACAGAAUUUAAAAAGUAUACUGCAUAUGUUGUUUAUUAUGUCAGACUUGACUGUCCAGUUCCUUGCAAAGGUGUUCACUUUGCAGUUCCUUAGUGUAAAAAAUGACUGUAGUAGAGCUUACAAAUUGGCAAAGAGGGAUUUUGGAUUUUUUUGUCUGUAAACUUUUUUUCUUGACUAAUGCAUAUGACUUCUGUAGUAUCUCAGUUUCUGAACUGUUGAUUAUUCUCAAGGUCGUCUGGUUUUUGAGCACCAAGCCAUUCAAUUAUCAUAAUUUACCUUAAUGUUCUACAGAAUAAUCCAUGUAAUUUAACACAACAUUUCAAUCCAUUCAGUGUCUCCUUUUAGAACUCUUACAUUAUCAAGUCACCAUUUCAGCAGUUUAGUUCUGUUUUACUAAAUUGUUUUCGCCUUGAAAAGGCAUUUCAGUAUUCUGUGUAAUGAUGCAGUUUGCUUGUAUUCUUAAACAUGGCAUGAGUGUUGAUAAAUACUGUAGCUAAAUGCAGUGAGGUUUUUUGAGGUUUGCUCAUUUAUUUUGGCUUUUGCUUUUUUUUUGUUUGCUGAGUUUGUUUUUUCCCCCCCUAUGACUCCUAUAAAUUUUGCUAUGCAUUCAGGAACGCAACUUUUACAUGAAUGACUUAUUCUAGGUGUCUGGAACACUGUUUUAUAGUGGUAUUUCCCCUCUCCUCUGGAGUUUCUUUACAGUUUCUUUGGGUUUUUAAUGUUUUCUUUUGCAUGGGUGUCUGCUUUACAUUCAUGCAACUUUUGUUUACACAAAACAUCAUCAUCUCUACUUUUUUCUGAAGUUAUUCAAUAAAUUCUUAUUAACAUGGGUUUCACUCGUCUAUUUUUGUCUACCUCUGCGUUGGGAAAGAACUUCCUUUUGGUUUUUCUGUACAGUAGUACACUGCAGCAUUUGUCAGACACUUGGAAGUGCUUUUCCUACAAUUUGACUGGUGUGUGUAAAGACUGGUCCCUUGACUGUUUUUAGCAGUGCUUCAGAUUUUAAAGAAAUGACCAAACUAAGCACUUAUUUUUCCCAGAACAGAGGCCCGGCACUCACUUGUCCAGAUAGACAUCUCAGAUUAUUCUUGACUCAGGAAAAGUGGUCUAGAAAGUCCAGCUUGGACUUAUACUUUGGAUUUGGGAAGGAAGGUGUUCCGUCUCUUUUCAGGGGUGUACUUGGACUCUUUGCAAGAAUUUCAGAAGUAGCUCCUUCCUUUCUUCCUUCCGGCAAGAGCUUAGGAGAGGAAUAAGAAGGUGCAGCUUUCAAAACCCACAGUACUGUUGAGAGAGAGACUAGAUCCUGUCAGUGGUACAGUCUGGCUUUCAGGAAGGGGAGAGGUGAAGUAGCCUUUGCUUUACAGAGCUUAGAGGCAUUCUAACUCAAAAGUACAUAAGCAAGUA